AUGGCUUUCUACAUUUUUGGAAUUUGUUUCGUGUUAGUGUUUUCUUGUGUCAAUUCAAAUGAGUAUCAGCCAACGGACAGCUCGCAGCCCUUGAGGUACGAAGCACCAGAUGAUUGUCAAUGGUGGGUUCGCGAACCGAUAACAGCUGGAGGCCAGGACGAAGUUGCGUUGACUUGCAACUUACGUACGAUUAAUAGCGAAUUCGACACGACGAAUUUUAGCGUGAUUCCAUCCGAGCAUACAACUUCGUUAAGAAUUGAGUGCAAUGGCGAGAUAAUGUCAAGGAGUAGUUUGGAUGAUAAAAGUUUUGUUCAUUUAACAAAACUUAGGGCACUCGAGUUGGAAAACUGCAAACUAGGAAGAUGGCCCUCGGGAACUCUGCUUGGAUUACGUGACCUAAGAAAUCUUACAGUGCGAACGCAUAAUACAGAAUGGCCUGCCAUGAACUUGGAAUUCGCCAAAGACAGCUUUUCUCCUGUUAGACAAGUUGAAAGGUUAGAUUUAAGCUGCAACAACAUUUGGUCCUUUCCGGAAAAUCUGUUCUGUCCACUGAUUAACUUGGUAUUUUUGAACGUUAGUGAAAACCGCUUGCAGGACGUGAGUGACUUAGGUUUUAGAGAAAAAGCCCCCGGACUACCGCAACCGCUUAUCAGUGUUCCCGACGAAGAUCAGCCCCAGCAUCAUCAAACAUCACGCACGUUUGCUCAUCCCUGCAGUUUAGAUAUUCAGGUACUUGACACCUCAUUUAACCAUUUCGUUUUGAUUCCUGCGAAUGGAUUUAGUGUGCUUCGACGACUUCGUGAACUUUACAUUCAUAACAAUGAAAUUUCUAUGGUCGCCGAUAAAGCUUUAGCCGGGUUAAAAGCUUUGCAAAUAUUCGAUUUGUCCAAUAACAAAGUAGUUGCACUUCCCUCCGAACUCUUUAAAGAUAGUGCCGGCACAAUAAAGGAAAUUUAUUUACAAAACAACUCAAUCAGUGUAUUAGCGCCCGGGUUAUUUGCUAAUUUGGAACAGUUACUGGCAUUGGACUUGUCCCGAAAUUUACUAUCUAGUUCUUGGAUAAAUUCUGCCACAUUUUCCGGACUUAUUCGGUUAGUGCUAUUAAAUUUGUCGUAUAAUCGUAUCACCAAACUUGAACCGACAUUUUUCAAAGACCUGUACACGCUGCAAAUCCUGAAUUUAGAACAUAAUUCACUCGAAACCAUUCCUGCAGACACGUUUGCUCCCAUGAAUAAUUUACACACUCUAAUUAUUUCUUUUAAUAAAAUCACGUAUUUAGACGCUUACUCUCUAAACGGUUUAUAUGUGCUUUCGCUUCUGGCUCUCGAUAACAAUCUCCUGGAAGGAAUUCAUCCCGAAGCGUUUAGAAACUGUUCUAGUUUGCAAGACUUAAACUUAAAUGGCAACCAAAUAAAGGCCGUGCCUCUAGCUUUAAAAGAUAUGCGUUUGCUCCGCACCGUAGAUUUAGGCGAAAACAUGAUCACGUCCUUGGAAGAGCCUGGCUUUCGAGGAAUGAGCAAUUUAUAUGGCUUAAGACUAAUCGGAAAUCGACUUCAGAACAUCAGCAAGCGUGUUUUCGCAGAUUUGCCCGAAUUGCAGAUUUUGAACCUGGCUCGUAAUAAAAUCCAAAGGGUGGAUCACGGAGCUUUUCAAUCUAGUCCUAACCUACAAGCAAUACGAUUAGAUUCUAAUCAGCUAACUGACGUGAAUGGAUUGUUUGCCGAAAUUCCAAGUUUACUUUGGCUCAAUAUUUCCGAUAAUCAAAUUGAAUGGUUUGAUUAUGCUUUAAUACCGCGGGGACUUCAAUGGCUCGAUAUGCAUAAAAAUAACGUACGAGAACUCGGCAACCACUAUAAUCUUGAUUUCGAGCUGAAACUGCAAACAUUGGAUGCCAGUUUUAAUAAACUGUCAAAGAUCAGUGCGUCCGCAGUGCCGAGCAGCGUUGAAUUGUUAUUUUUAAAUGACAAUCUAAUAUCAAUCGUCGAACCACACACAUUCAUAAAGAAAACCAACCUGACAAGAGUGGACUUGUACGCAAAUCAGAUAGUGAGUAUGGAUUUGAACGCACUGCGGUUAACUCCGGUGGAUCCUGAAAGGCCGCUGCCGGAGUUUUACAUUGGCGGAAAUCCAUUUCAAUGUGAUUGCACUAUGGAAUGGCUGCAGAGAAUAAAUAAACUUGACCACCUGCGGCAACAUCCUCGCGUUAUGGACUUGGAAAGUAUAUACUGUAAGCUACUCUACAACCGUGAUAAUAAUUAUCUACCGCUGGUGGAAGCGGAAUCAUCCCAGUUUCUAUGCACAUAUAAAACGCAUUGUUUCGCAUUAUGCCAUUGUUGCGAUUUUGAUGCCUGCGAUUGCGAAAUGACUUGUCCUACAAAUUGCACAUGCUAUCACGACCAAUCUUGGUCGGCCAACGUAGUCGAAUGCUCCGGAGUUGGAUAUACCGAAAUGCCCAAUAAAAUACCCAUGGAUGCCACAGAAGUAUAUCUGGAUGGCAAUAAUUUCGGUGAGUUGUCUAGUCAUGCAUUUAUAGGCCGUAAAAACUUAAAAGUUCUCUUCGCAAACAAUUCCAAUAUCGCCGCAAUUUACAAUCACACGUUCAGUGGGUUACGUCGACUAACAGUUCUUCAUUUGGAGAAUAACAACAUUAAAGAAUUGCUUGGAUUCGAACUUGCUACUUUGGAGUACUUAAGGGAGCUAUAUUUACAAGGAAAUUUGAUACACUUUAUUGAUAACAGAACUUUUGUCGAAUUAAAACAACUUGAAGUUCUUCGAUUGGACGGAAAUAGAUUAAGAACUUUUGACGUGUGGCAAUUUGCUUUGAAUCCUUAUUUAGUAGAAGUAGGCCUAUCACAAAAUCAAUGGUCCUGCGAUUGCCUUUACGUUAAGAAAUACAAAAACUGGCUGCAAGUUAAUUAUGGCAAAGUCGUAGACGCAAACAAAAUUGUUUGUAUGUAUAACAACAUUACUAAGGCAUUAGGAACUCACAUGGCCGACUUUAAUUCAACAUCUUGUUCACCGAGCGCAUUAGGUAAUCAUCCUGUGGUAGAAACAAAAGUUAUGAACGAUUAUUUACCGCUUUUAUUAGUAACGAUGUGCGUUUUCUUGGCUUCAGUGGUAUUAGUGUGUGGUGCAUUUUAUUAUCGUCGCGAAUUACGCGUGUGGAUUUAUUCACGUUGUGGAUUAAGAAUGUGCUAUAAAACAACAGCUUUCGAAGAACAACAGGAUAAAGACAGACUUUUCGAUGCUUACUUAAGCUACAGUGUAAAGGACGAAGCGUUCGUUAGCCAAGUAUUAGCUCCGGGCCUGGAAUCCGGCGAUCCCGGUUAUAGACUUUGUUUACAUUACCGAGACUUUAAUGUGUCGGCGUACGUCGCUGAUACAAUUAUCGAGGCAGUCGAGUCAUCGCGACGAACCAUAAUAGUUUUGUCAAAGAACUUUUUGCAUAAUGAAUGGUGUCGGUUCGAGUUUAAAUCGGCUUUGCACGAAGUGUUAAAAGACAGGCGACGCAGAUUAAUAUUCGUGGUGGCAGGCGAACUGCCGCCCCGCGACCUGGACCCAGACCUGCGUCUCUAUCUAAAAACAAACACCGUCAUCGAGUGGGGCGACCGUCAGUUCUGGCAAAAGUUGCAGUUUGCUAUGCCCGACGUUCGAAGACCCUGUAUACACCAAAGAUCGGCAGUGAACAUCUACGCCACUGCUACACCCUCGCACUUGGAGCGGUCCAGGAGUCCUGCCAUCCCGCCGCCUCCGCCGCCAGGAAAGCUGCCCCCCUUCCUGCAGCAUUCUUCCAGCUUACCGAGGGAUACUCGAACGAUGCCGCAUCCAUUGUGGGCGUAG